AUGAAGAAUUUAAGAAUGAGUAAAGAGGACAAAAAGUCGAUGAUUCCACCUCUGACCUCCGCUAAUUCCCAAAUAGUUGGCUAACAGAGUACAGGGUCAUUCGAUAAGCGGUUUUCAAUCCCCAUUUCUUUCUCAGCAAUUAACUAAAAGCACAUGCAGUUGACGCCGCAUUAAGAAGUCCAGAAUUUUUAGAAAUCUGUAGUAGAACCUCCACCUACUCCCAAUAAUGAUUUACCCAACAGAAUAAAAGAAUUGGAUAGAUAGCUUUUCAUUGCAAAGUAAGAGAAUGACGACCUUAGGAUCAAUCUUAAAAUCAAUAAGGAGAGCUUACAAAAUCUCAUCCAAUAAUAAGUUCCCUAAGAGUCUGCUUUAAUUAAAACCAUCAAUGUUAUUUCAAGCGAAAAUAUUCGCUUGUAAAUGCAGCUAGAGAGACUAAAACAAGAAAACGAUAAUCUUAAAACAAUGAUGGUAUUAUACUUACUCUUAAUUAUUUAGACUGGUAGAGCACAUGGAUAUUAAGAGUCUCCUGAUAUGGUUAAGAAAAAUGUAAGCAAGGAGUUAGAUUCACAGAGUAGAAAGGAUACAAAUGCUAAGUCAUCUUCUAAAAACAUUGAUAGUAACAUAUUUAGAUUUGAAUUUAACUAAGUUUUAGCCUAAUCUUCAGGGGAUAAUGGCUAGCAAUUUCUGUUCAGUAAAAACUAGCCUAUUCAAUAAAUCAAAAUUAUAUAAAAUAAGCAGCAUGAAGAAAAAGCAAAUUAAUUCUGCUCUUAAUGCAAAUCAACUACUGAUAAUAAGAGACAAAAAGACCCACGCGAGUAAAUGUCUUUUUAAAGAGAUGAGGCUUUCAAGGAAAACGAAAGAACAAUUAAAAAAUUGAUGAUGGAAGUGUCAAAAUACCAAUCCUUUUUAAAGUCUCUUCUCGAAAACUACUCUUUGCCAGAAAAUCUUAUGGAAGAUAUCAAGGAAAUUGUAUAUGAGGAUGAGCUGACUCAUUACGACAACAAUAAUGAAUUUUUCGCACAGAUGCCACUUUCACCAAUAAGUACAAGUUCAUUAUCAUCAGUCCACAAAUAUUAAGUCUCAAUGGGAGCAAAUAUGUUUAAACAGAGUAAGAGAGAAAAGGGCACUCCAUAGCAAAAUCUAUUUAAUAAUAGAGGCAAGCAGAUGCAAUAAAAGUAGCCCCCUUCAAAUAUACCUAAACUAGAUUUUUCAAAACUCUAACUAGAUGACUCAUAUCAAAACAUGAAUAUUAAUUAUAAUUAAAACAAUAAUAAUCUAUACAAUAACAGCAAAAAAGCUACUCCUUAGAUACAGUAGUAGUAAUAGCAACAAUUAACCUAUGAGCAGAUGUAAAAUAUGAAAUGCUAAUAGAACCCAACUAAUCUUGGAGUAUACGCAAACCCUAAACAUAAGUUUGUUAAUCUAAAUAUGAACUAGCCAAAUAAUGCGCUUGCACUAUUUUAGGCAGCAGAGAAUUUGAAAACUGAAAACUAGCUUAGCGAUUCAGGAUUUUAAUUAAAUGACAGCAAUCUAUUAGAUGACCGUGACUUACAAGACUUUGAGAAGAGGUUUAAUGGAGGUUAGAAAUAUGAUGAUCUAAUUUCAGCAGGAAGGCAAGAUAGUAAUCUAUAGUAAACUCCAAAUGAAGACGAUCUAAAGUAUUUCGAUGACAAUGAUCAUGAUAACUAUGAUUAAUACAAGAGUGAGAAUACAAACGGUUUCAACUAUAAUCAGCAGAAUAUACUAGGAAUGACAAACACAAUUGACCUGGACGGUAGUCGAGAGUUUCAAAAAGACUAGAACACCAGUUUUAUAAGUAACGGACAAGACCUUGAUAUUAAUUAGUGA